AUGCGUAGCGGCAUGGUGGACGAUGCGGAUUUGCUUUGGGAUGCUCGAUCAAGCAGCUGUCAAUUCUCGCAUUAUGUGGAAACUCAAGGUCAGGGCACACGGGAAUUGACUUCUGCAAUUAUCGUUUUGAAAAUGCUGAUUGCUCAUCUCACCUUCCCGAUGCUACGCCAGAGAUGGGAAGGACAAUUUCUUCGGAAAGAGCUGCAGAUGAUCAUGAAGAGCAUCUUAGAAAUUGACACCAACCCAGAAAUAGGUGACCUGGAAAAAGUUACCUUCGGUUUAGCGCGGAGCCGCGUGGAGCAGAUAGACGAUUCGACAUUCAGCACUGUAAACGACAACGCCCCCACUAGGAUAGUGGGCAAUUGCAGCAACUGGCCUGACAUCAUAAUUGCUAGCGCAGGUUUAAUAAAUAGCACAACCUGGCGACCUAUGCUAUCGCUUGCAUCAGACCACUUGCCCAUUAUCAUCUCGAUCGAGAAACCUGCCGACUUUGUUUCCGCGGAUUACCAGUCAUAUAUCAACUUUAACAAACCUGAUUGGACUAGAUUCGCGGAACUUACUGAAGACAUCUUCACCGCACUCCCCAUUCCCACCGAUGUGCGCGCAGGCGAACGCGCAUUCCGCAAGGUGAUCACAGCCGCCGCGGCUCGCUUUGUACCCGCUGGAAGGAUCCGGGAAAUACGACCUAAUUUCCCAGCCGAAGCAGCUGCCGAUCCCGGGGAUCCUCGGAUAAAGGAUCUCAAUUCGAAGAUCCGGCAACUAGUAACCCAAUAUAAGCCGACCAAAUGGGAAGAACAUCUGCAGUUCUGCAACUUCACCUCUGGCGUGAGCAAGCCCUGGUCCACCUUAAGUUCCCUGCCAAGCCCGAUGAAGCACAACGACAAGAUGGAUAUCACCUUCAACGGUUGUACUUCAACCAUCAACCAUACGAAACCAUCUUAA